UGGGUCUCAGAACAGAUCAUAAACCAUUGAUCUCUGCUUUAAAAAAGGUAUCUGAUACGGCUACGCCGUUCCAACGUCGUCACCUUUUAUUCGUCAGUCAAUUCGCGAGUGAUUUUGCUUAUUUGCCUGGCAAAUCGAACGUGAUUGCGGAUGCGUUAUCCAGGAGCAACCCUUCAACACUGCUCGAAGACGACAACGAAGAGUUUGAUGUACAAGCACAGGUAGCAGCUUUGGUCUCAUCGUCUCCUUGUAGCCCGAUGGACUUUUUGGCUUCACAAGAAGCCGACGUAAGUUUGCAACGUUGGAUUUCACAUCAUGUAGAAGAUGCCACGUCACCCUUUGUACCGGGCAAACUACAGUCACAAGAGGAUCCGUCAGUUAGCUUAUGGUUUGAAACAACUUCGGAACCACCUCGCUUGCUAGUGCCGUCUGAUCGACAGCUCGAG